AUGGCCCCCGGCAAGAAACUAGCGCCCGAAAAAGAACGCUUCCUUCUGUGCUGCAGCGACAUCUCGCUCGAGCUUGUGGCGUCGCUCAGCAAUGCUCGCGAUAUCAACCUCAAUGGGCUCAUCACGCGGCACGCCAAAAAGCACCGCUUGAAGAAUCAGCCGCGGCUCACAGACAUCAUCCUGGCGAUCCCGGACCAGCAUAAAAAAUACUUGAUUCCGAAACUCAAAGCCAAGCCUGUGCGCACGGCGUCCGGAAUUGCCGUGGUCGCCGUCAUGUGCAAGCCCCACCGCUGCCCUCACAUUGCCUACACCGGCAACAUCUGCGUGUACUGUCCCGGAGGCCCGGACUCGGAUUUCGAGUACUCCACCCAGUCAUACACGGGCUACGAGCCCACAUCCAUGCGUGCCAUUCGCGCUCGCUACGAUCCCUACGAGCAAGCACGGGGCCGUGUGGACCAGCUCCGCCUGUUGGGCCACUCCAUCGACAAGGUGGAGUACAUUGUGAUGGGCGGUACCUUCAUGUCGUUGCCCGUGGACUACCGUGAGACAUUUAUCGCGCAGCUUCACAACGCGUUGUCCGGCUACACGGGCCGCGACCUCGACGAGGCCAUCCGCUACUCACAGCAGGCACAGACUAAGUGCGUGGGUAUCACCAUCGAAACACGGCCAGACUACUGCACGGAGACCCACUUGAGCGAUAUGUUACGGUACGGCUGCACACGUUUGGAGGUGGGUGUGCAGUCUGUGUACGAGGACGUGGCACGUGACACCAACAGAGGACACACAGUCAAGGCCGUGUGCGAGACGUUCGCCGUAGCAAAGGACGCGGGCUACAAGGUGGUCAGUCACAUGAUGCCGGACUUGCCCAACGUGGGCAUGGAGCGUGAUCUCCAGCAGUUUGUCGAGUAUUUCGAAAACCCGGCAUUCCGCACAGACGGGCUCAAGAUCUAUCCGACCUUGGUCAUCCGCGGCACAGGCUUGUACGAGCUUUGGAAACAGGGCCUCUACAAGUCGUACUCCGCCAACGCGUUGAUCGACUUGGUAGCGCGCAUCAUGGCGCUCGUGCCACCUUGGACCCGCAUUUAUCGCGUGCAGCGUGACAUCCCCAUGCCCUUGGUGUCGUCGGGCGUGGAGAACGGUAACCUUCGUGAGUUGGCCUUGGCCCGCAUGAAAGAUUUCGGCACUCUGUGCCGUGAUGUCCGCACGCGCGAGGUGGGAAUCCAGGAGGUCCAUCACAAAGUUUCCCCGGACCAGGUAGAGUUGAUCCGCAGGGACUACUAUGCCAAUGGUGGCUGGGAGACCUUUUUGUCGUACGAGGACCCGAAGCAGGACAUCUUGAUUGGCCUCUUACGUUUGCGCAAGGCCCUGAAAAAGCACACCUUCCGCCGCGAGUUCACAGCGCAGCCCACAUCCAUUGUCCGUGAGCUCCACGUGUAUGGUUCUGUGGUGCCUUUACAUUCACGAGACCCGCGCAAAUUCCAGCAUCAGGGCUUUGGUACCUUGCUUAUGGAAGAGGCUGAGCGCAUUGCGCGUGAGGAGCACGGCACGAGCAAGAUCUCCGUUAUCUCGGGCGUGGGUGUGCGGAACUACUACGCCAAGUUAGGCUACCAUUUGGAUGGGCCGUACAUGUCCAAGAUGCUCGACUAG